AGGUUUAUAGACUCGACUCCUGGGGACACACUUGGAUGGAGGCAAUUAAAAUGCCUGUCAGGCAUUUGAUACCAGAAGCCCCUAUGGUGAACCGCUAAAUCAUAAGCCAGGGCUGCAUCUUAUUGUCAGUGAAUGAUGGCGGAGCUGGGUGGCUUGUCAUCAUUCUCGAAAAUUCUGAGGCUAGUGAGCUCGCUCUCCCUCUCCCACUCGCCUUAUUUUCCUUUUCGCCACUGCGGGGACUUUUUCUAAUUUGCAGCUUCCCUUUCCCCGACACACACAGACAGGAGCUGGUGGCUUGCAGACUGCGUCUGUCUGGAGCUGCUAGAGCCAGCCCGUGGAGAUAAUGCUCCGGGAGAAGGACUCUGCAGCAGUGCUCACAGGCUAGACUUGGGCGGUAUCGCUGCUGUUCACUGAUUCUUCAGCUUGUUGUCUCUAACCGAAGAAACAUUGAUUGGAAACUACUCAUUCAGAAAAUUAAAAGCCUCCGGACCAACCAGCUGCUCUCAGCUCUCUCUCGGCUCUGUCUUCUCUACAGCCGGCUUCCAGGACUGUCCACCACCAGAAACAUGUUCCAGAUAAACAUUUUCCCUCCUAAGUGACAUCACAAUCCCUACCGAUCCCCAGCAUCACAAGGCUCCAUUAUUGCCUGACUCCAAGAAAGAAAGAAGCCAGAACAUAUUAUUAACCCUUUGAGAAUACAACAUAACGAAUUUUACCAUUUUACUACUUCCUUGAGUAGGAGAGGUCACAGGGUUUGAAGAAUGGCAGAUGAUCGGAAAGAUGAAGCAAAGACGCCUCACUGGACCUCAGCUCAACUAACAGAAGCGUCUGCACAUCCACAUCCACCUGAGAUCAAGGACCAAGGUGGGGCAGGGGAAGGACUUGUCAGAAGCGCCAAUGGCUUCCCAUACAGAGAGGAUGAAGAGGGCGCCUUUGGAGCACAUGGGUCACAGAGCACCUAUUCAGAUACCAAAGAGAAUGGAAUCAACGGAGAGCUGACCUCAGCUGACAGAGAAACAGCAGAAGAGGUGUCUGCAAGGAUCGUUCAGGUAGUCACCGCUGAGGCUGUCGCGGUCCUGAAAGGUGAACAAGAGAAAGAAGCUCAACACAAAGUCCAGCCUGCAGCUCUGCCUUUAGCACCUGAAGAGACACCUAAUCUGCCUCCUUCUCCACCUCCAUCACCAGCCUCAGAACAGACUGUCACAGUGGAGGAAGAAGAAGAAACUCUAGAGGGAACAAUGGCUGAGGAAGAGAAACCUGCCACUCUUCCUGAGAAAGAGUGUGGGGCUGCCAAGGCCUCAGACCAACCCCAGGGCCUCAGUGAGGGCCAAGUGGAGUCUAGUGCGGAGGCCCAAAUAGUUCCUGAAGAGCAUGCCCCAGCAGGGGCCCCACAGGAGAAAAGUGUAAAAGAGGUCUCGGAGGUGUUUCCAGAAGUAAAAAUCCCUUCCUCUGCUGGGGAAGGUUUACUUCCAGCCUCGAAGAUGGAGUUCCAUGAUCAACAGGAAUUGACUCCCUCCCCAGCUGAGCCAUUGGACAAGAAGGAAAAGGAGUCAGAGGAACAGAGGAAGCCUGGUGAAGACCUUAAACAUGCUGCCUUACUUUCUCAGCCUGAAAUGACUCAAACUUCCCCUGAUAAAAAGGACAUGCAAAGCCCAGAAGAAGAAAAGGCACCCCCCGCUCUGUUUGGGCGUGGUCUCGGUGCCGGGCUCGAAGACAUGACACAGAAGACAGAACCAAGCUUCAUGGUGCCUGGUAUUGGCCUCUCUGCAGAGCCCCCAGCUCCAAAAAAGCAACAGGACUGGUUCAUUGAAAUGCCAGUAGAAGCAAAAAAGGAUGAGUGGGGGUUAGCUGCUCCCAUAUCACCUGGCCCCCUAACACCCAUGAAGGGAAAAGAUGUACUUGAGGAUAUCCCCAGAUGGGAAGGGAAACAGUUUGAUUCUCCCAUGCCAAGUCCCUUUCAGGCUGGAAGCUUCACUCUUCCUGUAGAUGUCAUAAAGAAUGAAAUAGUUGCAGAAGCAUCACCCUUUGUCCCUGCCCUAUUGCAGCCAGAUGACAAAAAAUCUCUGGAAGAAGUGACUGCCAAAGAUAGUUCUAAAGCUGAAGAGCCUCAUAAGGAGAAACCUGACAAAAUGGCAGAAGCACCAGCCUCAGAGGCAAUCACCUUACCCAAAGAUGCCCACAUUCCAAGUGUUGAAGAAUAUAUCCCAGAGAAAAUAUUAGGGGAAGAAAAGGGGGCAAUAAAGCAAGAGAGUGUGCAGAAAAAGGAGAUCUCAACGCUCAGUGGACAGGAAGCUACACUUUCUGAAAAGGAAUCUCCGCUAAAGCUUGAAGAAAAAACAACCAUUUCUGACAAAGAAGCCAUGCCAAAAGAGAGUGAGCCUCCAAAACUGGCAGAUGAAGAAACAGGCAUAAUUCAGCCCACCACAGAGCACACCUUCUCAAAAGAAGAACAGAAAGUCCAAGAACCUACCACAGAUACACUAAAACAGGACUCAUUCCCUGUAAGUUUGGAGCAAGCUGUUACAGAUUCAGCCAUGACCUCCAAGACACUGGAGAAAGUCAUGACCGAACCAGCUGUAAGUGAACAGAGGGCAACCCAGGACCUUUUCCAAGAAAAAGUUGCUGAUAAAGAUCAUAAGGUUGAAGGGGUUGGGGCUGAAACAUCAGCUGAGCUUGAAAUGCCAUUUUAUGAAGAUAAGUCAGGAAUGUCCAAGUAUUUUGAAACAUCUGCCUUGAAGGAAGAAGUGACAAAAAGCAUCCAGCCUGUCAGUGAUUACUAUGAACUAAGUGACACAAGAGAAAGUGCCCAAGAACCUUUUGAUACCAUAGCUCCUGCAUAUAAAAAUGGUGACAAGGGACUUCAGGCAGAACCCCAGUCCAGUGCUGCAGCACAAGAAGCAGGGUAUAGCACUCUUGCACAGAGUCAUCCAUCUGAGGUACCUGAAGAACCCAGUUCUCCUCAAGAAAGAAUGUUUACUAUUGAUCCAAAAGUGUAUGGGGAGAAAAGGGAUCUUCACAGUAAGAAUAAGGACGACUUGACAUUAAGCAGGAGUUUAGGACUUGGUGGGAGGUCUGCAAUAGAACAAAGAAGCAUGUCAAUCAAUUUGCCCAUGUCUUGCCUGGAUUCCAUAGCCCUUGGAUUUAACUUCGGUCGGGGACAUGAUCUUUCUCCUCUGGCUUCUGAUAUUCUAACGAACACUAGUGGAAGUAUGGACGAAGGAGAUGAUUACCUUCCAGCCACAACCCCUGCACUGGAGAAAGCCCCUUGUUUCCCAGUAGAAAGCAAAGAGGAAGAAAAGCAAAUAGAGGGAGAAAAAGCUACAGGACAGGAAAAUACUCAAGUUGAGACAUCAUGUGAGUCACCUUUUCUAGCCAAAGAUUAUUACAAAAAUGGCACUGUCAUGGCCCCUGACCUGCCUGAAAUGCUAGAUCUGGCAGGCACAAGGUCAAGAUUAGCUUCUGUGAGUGCAGAUGCUGAAGUUGCCAGGAGGAAAUCAGUCCCAUCAGAGACUGUGGUCGAGGAGAGUAGUGCCAGUGUGCCCCCUGUCACCGAUGAAAACCACGUUGUUGUUAAAACAGACAGUCAGCUGGAAGACCUGGGUUACUGUGUGUUCAAUAAAUACACUGUCCCACUGCCAUCACCUGUUCAAGACAGUGAGAAUCUGUCAGGGGAGAGUGGUUCCUUUUAUGAAGGCACUGAGGAUAAAAUGCGAAGAGAUCUAGCCACAGACCUUUCACUGAUUGAAGUAAAAUUGGCAGCUGCCGGAAGAGUCAAAGAUGAGUUCAGUGCUGAGAAAGAAGUAUCCCCGCAUAUCCCUGGUGACAAAUUGGGACUGGGUAGGGAAUUUGAUCAGGAGAGGAAAGCUAAUGAUAAGCUGGAUACUGUACUAGAAAAGAGCGAAGAACACGCUGAUGCAAAAGAACACGCCAAGGCAAUGGAAGAGGCCAGUGAUAAAGUUGAAACAUAUGGAUUAGGAGUAACCUAUGAGCACCCCUCGACCGAAGAACUGACCGUAUCAAAAGAUGCAUCACCUCCUGUAGCUGAGAAAGCCGAGAAAGGUCUUAGCUCUGUCACAGAGCUAGCUGAGGUGGAACCAUCCAAAAAAGCUGAACCAGAACUGGAUUUUGUUGCACAGAAAGCUGACCAGGGUCAGUUAGAUAUUAAAAUAAGUGACUUUGGACAGAUGGCUGCAGGACUGACCGUAGAUGCUGAAAAGGCAACAGAACUUAAACUAGAAGCUACACAAGAUCUCACCCCCUCAUCUGCAGGACCUCAGCAGGGAGAUAUGUUCAUGAGUGUUGAGUCUGGCCACAUGAAAGAGGGCACUAAAGCCAGUGAGACAGAAAUCAAGGAGAAGGUGGCCAAGCCUGACUUGGUGCACCAGGAGGCUGUAGACAAGGAAGAGUCCUACGAGUCCAGUGGUGAGCAUGAGAGCCUCACCAUGGAGUCCUUGAAAGCUGACGAGGGCAAGAAGGAAACAUCCCCAGAAUCCUCUCUAAUUCAAGAUGAGAUUGCCAUCAAAUUGUCAGUGGAAAUACCUUGUGCCUCUGCUGUCUCAGAGGCUGAUAUAGCAGCAGAGGAGAGAGCUGAUGUCCAGAUGGAAUUUAUUCAGCAGCCAAAAGAAGAAAGCAAAGAAACCCCAGAUAUAUCUGUCACGCCCUCCGACGUCACCGAGCCAUUACCUAAAGCCAUCGGGGCUGAGCCAGCAGAGGCUCAGAGUGAGGAAGAAGAGAUAGAAGCCCGGGGAGAAUAUGAUAAACUGCUCUUCCGCUCAGACACCCUGCAGAUUACCGACCUGGGAAUCCCAGGGGUCAGAGAGGAGUUUGUGGGCACCUGCCCUGGUGAGCACAAAGGAGUGAUUGAGUCCGUCGUAACCAUCGAGGAUGAUUUUAUCACCGUGGUGCAGACCACAACCGAUGAAGGGGAGUCAGGUUCCCACAGUGUGCGUUUUGCAGCCCUAGAGCAGCCUGAGGUGGAGAGGAGACCGGCCCCCCACGCCGAAGAAGAGCUCGAAGUCGAAGAGGCGGCUGAAGCCCAGGCAGAACCCAAGGAGGGCUCCCCGGAGGCUCCAGCUUCCCCUGAGAGAGAAGAGGUUGCCCUCUCAGAAUAUAAGACGGAAACCUAUGAUGAUUACAAAGACGAAACCACCAUUGAUGAUUCCAUCAUGGACGCUGACAGCCUCUGGGUGGACACUCAAGAUGAUGAUAGGAGCAUCAUGACAGAGCAGUUAGAGACUAUUCCUAAAGAGGAGAAAGCUGACAAGGAAGCUCGGAGACCAUCUCUUGAGAAACAUAGAAAAGAAAAGCCUUUUAAAACCGGGAGAGGCAGAAUUUCCACUCCUGAAAGAAAAAUAGCUAAAAAGGAACCUAGCACAGUCUCCAGAGAUGAAGUGAGAAGGAAAAAAGCAGUUUAUAAGAAGGCUGAACUUGGUAAAAAAACAGAAGUUCAGGCCCACUCUCCCUCCAGGAAAUUCAUUUUAAAACCUGCUAUCAAAUAUACUAGACCAACUCAUCUCUCCUGUGUUAAGCGGAAAAUGACAGCAACAGGUGGUGAAUCAACUCAGGCUUCCAGUGUAUUUAAACAGGCAAAGGACAAAGUCUCUAAUUCUGCUUUGUCAAAGAUUCCUGCCUUUCAGGGUAGCUCAAAGUCCCCAAGAUGCAGCUCAGCCUGCCUUAGUACGUCUCAAAGGGCUACAUUUUCUGACAGUUUUUCAAUACAGCCCACCUCAGCAGGCUCCACAGACCGUUUGCCAUUCUCAGAAUCAGGGAACAAGGAUGGAGUAACCAAGAGCCCAGAAAAGCGCUCUGCCCUGCCCAGACCCUCCUCUAUCCUGCCUCCUCGCCGAGGUGUGUCAGGAGACAGAGAGGAGAAUUCCUUCUCUCUCAACAGUUCCAUCUCGUCUUCAGCACGGCGGACCACCAGAUCAGAACCAAUUCGCAGAGCAGGAAAAAGUGGCACUUCCACACCCACCACCCCUGGAUCAACCGCGAUCACUCCUGGCACCCCACCAAGCUAUUCUUCACGCACACCAGGCACUCCUGGAACCCCUAGCUAUCCCAGAACCCCUCACACCCCGGGAACCCCCAAGUCUGCCAUCUUGGUGCCCAGUGAGAAGAAAGUCGCCAUCAUACGUACCCCUCCAAAAUCUCCUGCGACUCCCAAGCAGCUCCGGCUUAUUAACCAACCACUGCCAGACCUGAAGAAUGUCAAAUCCAAAAUCGGAUCAACAGACAACAUCAAAUACCAGCCUAAAGGGGGCCAGGUACAGAUUGUUACCAAGAAGAUAGACCUAAGCCAUGUGACAUCCAAAUGUGGCUCUCUGAAGAAUAUCCGCCACAGGCCAGGUGGUGGGCGUGUGAAAAUUGAGAGUGUAAAACUGGAUUUCAAAGAAAAGGCCCAAGCUAAAGUUGGCUCACUCGACAAUGCUCACCAUGUACCUGGAGGUGGUAAUGUCAAGAUUGACAGUCAAAAGUUGAACUUCAGAGAGCAUGCGAAGGCCCGUGUGGACCACGGAGCUGAAAUCAUCACGCAGUCCCCAGGCAGAUCCAGCGUGGCGUCCCCCCGACGACUCAGCAAUGUCUCCUCCUCUGGAAGCAUCAACUUGCUCGAAUCCCCUCAGCUUGCCACCUUGGCCGAGGAUGUCACUGCUGCACUCGCUAAGCAGGGCUUGUGAAUAUUUCUCAUUUAGCGUUGAAGUAAUAAUAUUUAGGCAUGAGCUCUUGGCAGGAGUGGGCUCUGAGCAGGUGUUAUAUUCAUUCUUUACAAACCAUAAAAUAAAUAAUCUCAUUCCCAAA